AUGCUUGUUUCAACUCCAUCUGCUACUUCGCACCCGUUAACUAAUAGCUUAACAUCAUCGAAUGCAUUACACUCGUCGCUUCCAUCGUCGUUUUCGACAUCAACGUUAGCACCCUUAUCAACAACUAAUCCAUCGAUAUGGACGAUUAAACAAGUUGAAGAAUGGUUGAUAAAACACGGUUUAAAUGAUUGUAUUGAGCUUAUCUGCUAUGAACAUCGCAUGAAUGGUCAACGAUUAAUGAAUUUAAAAGAGGAAGAUGUUCUGGGUUUGAGAGGCACUGGAAAAAAUAAUGAACUAUGGUUACAAAUCAAGCAAUUACAACAAUUCUAUUCGAGUAAUUAUCAUCUGUGGACAUCGAGGUCAUCAACUGCUCAACAACGAAACUUUGAACAAUCUCUUCCAAUGACAGCAUCUUCGUAUUUUAACCCAUCUGCCUUACAUUCAUCUAUACCACUUCGAUCUCUUGCACCUUUGAACCAACUUCGCACAGCACCCUCGUGUGUACCUGCUAUACCGGCAACAUCAUCAUCUGACCCAGUAAUUCUAACAACGCAAUCACAAGCAUCGAUAACAUCAUCGUCUUCAACUUCGUCAUCAGGAGCUUCGCAUACAACUAUACAAAUGAACCCACAUCAGGAACGACAGACUUUAGCAAAAACAGCAUCGAUUACCACAAAUCAAACUCAAUCAGUCACACCAACGACCAUAUUGAUCGAGCGUGCACCUUUAUCUGUGACACGUUCAACAAAUAAUCAACAACAACAACAUCAUCGACGAUCUUCUUCUCAUAGUAUGUCAACAUCAAAUGCAUCUGUUAAUAUUCUUCCACCGUCAUCUACGUCCACAGCGCAGCGUGUCACGAAUCCUCUAUUGAAUCCACAUCGAACGCCAGCCGAUCAAAUUGAAGAUCAACCAGUUACAAGUUGUUGUUUUGUUGCUUCAAUACGUUCCGAUCGAAAGAAGACUUUAUCCGCAUGUCUUCUUGCGCUGAGCACUGUAUAUUUCUGUUCGUUCAUUAUCACAAUCGUUGAUGAACGCUUGCCAGACCCCAAAAAUUUUCCACCAUUACCGGACCUUAUUCUCGACAAUGUCAAACAAAUUCCAUGGGCAUUUUCAGUUACUGAAAAAAUCAUUCUCGUCGAAGUGCUCACUCUCAUCACGAUUAUCGUCCUGCAUCGACAUCGACUGAUUAUUAUUCGUCGAUUAUUUGCCAUAGCAGCGGCACUUUAUUUUCUACGUAGUUUAACAAUGGUUUUCACAUCUCUACCAGUAGCUACACAAGUAACUGAUUGCCGACCUGAAAGAUUGGCCAGCUUUGGUACACGCUUAAAAAAGGCAACGUUAAUCUUUCUCGGUCAAGGAAUGUCAUCAUUCGGUGUUAAAACAUGUGGUGAUUAUUUGUAUAGUGGUCAUACUUGUACCCUCGUGCUCGCAACACAUUUUAUCAACGAAUAUUCUCCACGUUCGUACCAUCUACUUCAUUUUCUCAGCUGGAUUAUGGCUAUCACCGGCAUGUUUUUCAUUUUGGCUGGACAUCAGCAUUAUUCUAUUGACAUUCUCAUUGCUUGGGUACUUAGUUCCCGCCUAUUCAUCUACUAUCAUACUUUGGCAAACAAUCGUACAUAUUUUCAACGAGAUAAAAGUCGAAUGAGAAUAUGGUUUCCAUUUUUUUCUUACUUCGAAGAGAAUGUUAAACAAGCUCUACCCAAUGAAUACUGUUUACCAGAUAUUAUCUGUGAAGCACGUACGAUGCUCAACGGCUGGUUCGAUAAAAUUAAUCUUUCCAAGAAAGCCGAUUUGGAUUCGUACGACAAAAAGCCGAACGCGUACACAUAA